AAAGAAAGCAAGUUUAGUUCACCAAAAUUCUAUACAAUGUCCGACUUUGAUUGAGAUUUGAGGCAUUUUGAAUAUCAAAUGUUAUAACAUAUCACAUAGAAAAUAGUUUAAAUAAACGUUUUGCUUGCUGAAACUAUGGAUAUACAAUUGUAAGUUGCACAUGCGCACGUCAACUUUCGGUUUUGGAAACUCCACCAUUCAUUGUGUGUACCCUUCCAGGAAACUUACCUUGACCAGUGUAUCAGAGCAAGAUAUGAGGUUAGAAAUACUGAAGCCCAACCAGCAUUUACAGAACCCGGUGAUUUUGCAGUUUGGCUCUUUGUAUUGGAUUUUCAGUUUGAAGUAGCAUGGUUCAAUUCCAACUUAAAUACUGAAGAUGGCAGGAAGAAAUCCAGUGCGAGAAAAGAAACGUUGCAGAGAGAUACUUGGUGUUGCAGAAGGAGCAAGUGAGGAUGAGAUCAAAAAGGCUUACAAGAAGCUGGCACUUCGCUACCAUCCAGAUAAGAAUGACAGUAAAGAUGCAAAAGAAAAAUUUCAAGAAAUCAGCUACGCAUAUAAAUAUCUCACAGAAGGACCAAGUGCCAUGGGAGGAGACCAGGGAGGGAUGGAAGGUGAAGGUAUACCGUAUGACAUCCUGGUGAGACUGUUCCCCUGGNCCCCCCUUGUGUCAGCACUACAGUGA